AUGUCUAUAGAUCUUAUUGAUGCUGCCUUAGAAAAUGGAUGUUGCAACAAAAAAAUCAAUAAGCCGCUAGCAGCCCGUUAUCUAAUCAUCAGGCUUCCAAGUUCAGAAUUCAUUAAAAUGUUCAAAACCAUACUGCUUUUAGUUUUAGCUUUAGCUUCAUUCCAAUUCAUACUCAAUUCCAAGAGAAUCACUUCCUCAGAUUCAAAUGUCGAUUUCACCGCGAACCCAAUCGACACAGAGCAAGUACUGUCAAUUCUAUUUCAUGACUUAACAAACGAAGGCCUUCUUACCAAAACACAACACAAAGCGGUUUUCCUCUCAAAUGACGAGCCAUUGAAAGGCUUAACCAGUUUCAACAACGAGAUGGAAUUUGUGAAAUUGAAUGACAUUGAGAAACAGAACUCUGUGGUUGAUAAUGCUAUUGAUUUUAUUUUCACAACUAACUUUCCUGAAGCUUCUAGAUUCAUCGAGAGGGUUCUGAAACCUGAAGGUGUUGUAACGGUUCUAAUGAACGACAAUAAGCCUGCAUCAUUUUAUAAGCCAAAGAAUUACAGAAUUGUUUACAUGAGACAGUUUGAUUCUGUCGCGGUGGCAAUGAAGAAAACGACCACCAAUGUCAUUACCUCUGUUAAUAACAAACUUAACCUCGCCGUGCCGAGGAAACUCUUUGGUUACGCAGAAGCAAAGAAAAUUGCAUUACAGAAUCUCGAAGACGUUCUGUUAGAGCCACCACGAGCUGCAUCAGGAAAAUCACGAAAGUAUUUGAAGAGAACAAAAUAUUUACCUAAUUUAAUGGGAGAUUCGCUCGAAAGCUACUCUCGUCGUGUCUUCAUUGACGUAGGAUUACCUGAGAAAAACGGAGGAAGUGGAACUGAUUGGUUUUUGAAGAAUUACCCGACGAGGAAUAAGCAUUUCGAGAUGAUCAAGAUAGAGACAACUGUCGUGCCGGAGAAGAAGUCCUCGUCGUCGGAGAAGGUAGUAUCGGUGUCAGAUUGGUUGAAUAAGAAUGUGAAAGAGGAAGAGUAUGUUGUGAUGAAAGCGGAGGCUGAAGUUGUGGAAGAGAUUAUGAGAAGUAACUCUAUUGGUUUAGUUGAUGAGCUUUUCUUGGAGUGCAAGCCACAUGGUUUGAAAAAUGAGAAUAAAAAUAGAAGAGCUUACUGGGAGUGCUUGGCUUUGUAUGGUAAAUUAAGAGAUGAAGGUGUUGCAGUGCAUCAAUGGUGGGGUUAA